CACAUGGCAUGCCCUGAGGUUGAGAGGCGGCUCUAUUAAGCCACGCCUCCACUAAACCGAAAAUAUUAGUAUCAUGCAUAUUUUGCAGUGACAGUCAAAUUUAUUUGUCACUUACAGAAGGAAUUAUCGUCAAACACAGUACAGAUUAGGUCUGUAAGAAGAAGAAGAUGGCUAGCGUUGAGACUGAACGUAUCGGCUACAUCACGCGGGUGCAGAGUUUUAGUGCUUGCCAUCGAUUACACAGCAAAUCAUUAAGUGAUGAAGAAAAUAAAAAAAUAUUUGGAAAAUGCAACAACCCCAAUGGCCAUGGACAUAACUACACAGUUGAAGUGACUGUUCGAGGAAAGAUAGACAAAAACACUGGAAUGGUAAUGAACCUCACUGAUCUGAAUCAAAUUAUUGAGGACGUCAUCAUGAAGCAGCUUGACCAUAAAAAUCUGGACCUGGAUGUUCCAUAUUUUGCUAAUGUAGUCAGCACCACAGAAAACCUGGCUGUCUAUAUAUGGGACAACAUGGCAAAGCAUCUCACUCCAAACAUGCUGUAUGAAAUCAAAAUGCAUGAAACAGACAAAAAUAAAGUGGUUUACAGAGGUGAAUAGAAUCUCAACGGCUUUGAAAAAUUUAUUAGGAGAGAGUGACACUUGCUAUGGUCUGCUCACCACAUGGCCGACAAUAUGGGAUUAAUGUAAGUCACUGAGAAUUUGGCUCAGCUGUCGACCAUGUGGAAUUGAUCCUAUUAAAUGGAGAGAGAUUACGCACAUGUAUAUCUUUAUCCAGAUUGAUUAACAACUCCUCACUGUCUGUUGGAUUUACACAAAUUGUCUCUCAAAGUUGGAAGCCUGUUUGAACAGAAGCAGUCCUGUUUGUAAUUGCAAAACUAUUAUUAUUAUUAUUAUUAUUGACUGACUAAUAAACAAUAAAUGUGUGUGUUAAGUGUU